AUGUGCUCCAGCUUCCGCUCGUUGCUGCCAGCUCUCCGCGGAGUCGCCGCUAGAUGUCCUCCGUCACAAAUCUGCACAUCUUUGAGAACAUAUGCUACUGAAGCAGUACCAGGUUACGACCACAAGCCUUCACAUUACGGUCAACCGCUCUUUCAGUCACACCCCCACCUACUUAGGCCCAAUGAACUCACACCUGGGAUUCCGUCUGAAGAGUAUGAGCGCCGUCGGAAAGAACUUAUGGACAGCCUACCUAGCAAUAGUGUGGUGGUUCUGAUUGCUGCACCUGUUAAAUACAUGAGCGGAAGUAUUUACAAAUACCGCCAAGGAUCCGACUUCUGGUAUCUCACGGGCUUUGAAGAACCCGAUUCUGCUGUUGUCCUAGAGAAGAAUGCGUCUUCUCGAGGAUAUAGAAUGACACUGUUCUCCAAUGGGAAGGACUCUGCGAAAGAGAAAUGGGAUGGUCCAAGGACAGGCUUCGAUGAUGCUCUGAAUGUCUUUAAAGCGGACGACGCGCUAACAAUCAAGGCUUUUCCUGGUCAACUGCGAUCCAUGAUUAGCCUCUACUCUAAUGUUUAUAUUGACCUUCCCCAGUCUCCACGCAAAAAUGCGCGUUCCACCAAGUCAUUACUUCGGUACCUCUCGCCUUCUGUCAAUCCUCGGUCGGAGUAUGAGAGUGUCGUGGAGUCGUUGUCAAGCUCCCGGCGGAAACCUCUUGCUCCUCUCAUUGCCCAAUUAAGAGCAUUCAAGAGUGUCUGCGAGCAACAAGUCAUGAGAAUGGCCGCUGACAUUAGCGGUCGCUCCCAUGCGAAGACAAUGCGCUUUACACGACCCGGCAUCUCAGAAAGUGCACUGGCAGCUCAUUUUGAAUAUUUGUGUAGUCUAUCAGGUUCACAGCGCCUUGCAUAUGUCCCCGUUGUUGCAUCUGGGCCAAAUGCACUCAUCAUACACUAUACAUCGAACAAUCAAGUUAUACAAGAUGGUGAAAUGAUUUUGAUGGACGCUGGAUGUGAAUAUAACGGUUACGCGUCUGAUAUCACUCGCACAUAUCCAGCCAAUGGAUCCUUUACACCUCCGCAAAAGGAGCUAUAUAGCGCAGUGCUAUCUGCGCAGAAGACUCUUGUGGGGCUAUGCACUGAGGCAGAGGGAUUGAGUCUUCAUGACUUGCAUCGAAAAUCUUGCGACCUCCUCAGACAGGAACUGAAACAGAUAGGCUUUACUCUCCAUACAGGAGAUCUGGAGAGAAUACUUUACCCUCAUUUCCUCAGUCAUCCAAUUGGGAUUGAUUUACAUGAAUCAUCAUAUUCAGACAGAGGAGAACUAUUGAAAGCUGGGAUGGUAAUCACUGUAGAGCCAGGAAUAUAUGUCCCGCCUACUGCCCAGUUCCCAAAGCACUUUCAUAACAUUGGCAUUCGGAUAGAGGACGAAGUCCUUGUUGGCGAGAAACACUCCGUGGUUCUCAGUGUUAGUGCACCAAAGGAGAUUGCAGAUGUAGAGGGUGCAUGUCAGGGACUACUAGGACUGGAGCCAAUUUGA